AUUAUUAUUGUUCGUUUUCUUCGUCUUUCUCUUUUUGAUUCUGAGUCUGAAAACAAUGAAACGUUGAAAGGGAGGAGAGUGCGAAAUUCGAAUGUUUUUGGGUUUGUUCAUUGAUUUCCGCAAAUGAAGUGCUUCUACUUCUCCAACGCAGAGGACGAAGAUUGCGUGGCAGCGGCACCGAGUUCGCGCGGUUCCACUUCGCGUGUGUCGUGGGCGCGUUCGCUCAGUCUCAUGGACACGCGCAGCCGCUCCAACUUCGAUUCCGACUCCACGGAAUUCUCCGAUACGGUGGACUUCCAUCACUACCUGGUGCAGCGCCGCGCCAACGACCUCCGCCUCUUCCCAUUCUCGGCGCUGAAGUGCGCCACGCGCGGGUUCAACCGCGCCCUCCUAGUUGGCGAGGGGGGGUUUGGGUCCGUGUACCGCGGCGUGGUGGAUGAAGAGGAGGUGGCGAUCAAGCAGCUGAACCGCAACGGGCAGCAGGGGCACAAGGAGUGGAUCAACGAGGUGAAUUUGUUGGGAGUGGUGAAGCAUCCUAAUCUGGUGAGGUUGGUAGGGUACUGCGCUGAGGACGAUGAAAGAGGGAUCCAGAGGCUUCUGGUUUACGAGUUUAUGCCGAAUAAGAGCUUGGAGGAGCAUCUCUUGGCACGAGUCCCUUCCACGGUUCUGCCUUGGGGGACCAGGUUGAGAAUUGCGCAAGAUGCGGCUCGCGGUUUGGCUUAUCUUCAUGAAGAAAUGGAUUUUCAGCUAAUAUUUCGGGAUUUUAAGACGUCCAACAUCCUGCUGGAUGAAAACUUCAAUGCAAAGCUUUCUGAUUUUGGACUGGCUAGGCAAGGACCUUCAGAAGGGUCCGGCUAUGUUUCCACAGCAGUUGUUGGCACCAUAGGUUAUGCUGCACCAGAGUAUGUUCAGACUGGUAAGCUAACCGCUAAGAGUGAUGUGUGGAGCUUUGGUGUAGUUCUUUACGAGCUUAUCACUGGGAGGAGAGCUGUAGAGAGAAACCUACCUAAAAAUGAACAGAAGCUUUUAGAGUGGGUUAGAUCUUAUGUUUCUGAUCCUAGGAAGUUCCAUCAUAUUGUAGACCCUCGACUUAAGGGGCAAUACUGCAUCAAAUCAGCCCAUAAACUUGCAAUCCUGGCAAACAAAUGCCUCACAAAACAGCCGAAGUCUCGCCCAAAAAUGAGUGAGGUGGUUGAGUCUCUUGGAAUCAUUAUUAUUGAGACAGAUACUCGGGAUGAAGGCUUUCCCCAAGCUGCUGUAACCGCUAGAGAAGAAAAAGAAGAGAAGGUAUCUAUAGAGGAGACUGAACCUGAACCAGCGAAACAAGGGAACAAUUACCUGAAGAAGGUUUUUGAAUUGAAAGACAUGGUCAGCUUAAGAAACAAGUCUAUUGGAAGGUUGGAUUGGAAAAGUUGGGCGCCUGGGCUAGUAAGAAGCUGGUGACUGAGUGACCUUAUAGUCAGUCACCUGCUAAUAGCAAAUUCGCAAUGUUUGUUGAUCACAUAGUUUUCAGUCAGUGAAAUCGACAUUGUCAGGCACACACAGUUAACAUGCUGGUAUAUACCCAAUUUUGUAUCGAUUAAUAAUGUUAUGUACAGGUUAACUUUGAGGAAAGCUGUGAUUUAUUAAUGA